UAAAGAAAUAUGUUCUUAUCCAUAUAGUUCAUAAGGAAUCGCAACACUAAAUGUUUCUGAAAUAUAUACUUUUAAAAUACAACACAUAAUUUUUUGGUCCUCUGUAUAUAUACCCCAUGUAUUUGUCUACACAUAUAACAAGCAUCUGGAGAUUCAACAGGCAAUUACUCAGAGGCCAAAACACAUUCUAAUUUUGUUGUCUUAAAAAAAAGCAGAUCAUCAAAGUAUGUCUAGAGUUAGGUCUGAGCCGAUGAAGGUUGUCUUCAUUAACACACGGUACAUCCAGACAGAUGCUCGGAGCUUCAAGUCGAUUGUUCAAGAACUCACCGGUAAAAACGCCGUCGUCGCUGAGGGUCCUUUCGAAUUCUCCGCUCAAGGGUACGGUGGAAAAGAUUCAUCACAUCAGUAUUUUGGCGGCGGAAGAGAAGCAGAGGGAGGUGUAGAGACGACGGAGUUCGAUAGAUUUUUUAGGGAGAUGCCUCCGGUCGGCGAAUUGUUUAAUCUAUGGUCAGAAACUUGACUAGUGAAAAUUUGAAAAUACGUUUUUCUUUUUUACUAUUUGAUUUAGUUUUUUUUCUCGUGGUUGUUAUGGCCAUUGGGUCUCAUCUUUGUAUCUUAAGCCCUUUUAAACACGAGCGAACCUAUAUUUUGAUUUCUUUUGCUUAAUAUGAUUUCUCUUUAUAGAGUGUUUUGCUUAAA